UCGGGCGAGGCCACGCCUUCCGCGACAUCGAGGUUGGUUGCGCGGGUGCCGGGGAAGGAGACGCUGCCCUCUGCAGCUAUGGGCUCCCGGCUCUGCAGAGGGGCUCGCUGCUCUGUGCGUGGCUGUAUGACCAGGCAGUGGACGGUGCCCGCACUGUGGGCUGCCACCAGCUGAGGACGCUUCCUGGGAGCUGUUGGCACCACCAGGGGCUCACAUUGAAGGUGCAGGCUUGCCAUGGCGUUCCGGAGGACUGAGGGCGUGUCCAUGAUCCAAGCGCUGGCCAUGACGGUGGCUGAGAUCCCUGUGUUCCUGUACACGACAUUCGGGCAGUCUGCCUUCUCUCAGCUGCGACUCACCCCGGGCCUCAGGAAGGUCCUGUUUGCCACUGCCCUGGGCACCGUGGCCUUGGCCCUGGCCGCCCACCAGCUGAAACGGCGUCGGCGGCGGAAGAAGCAAGUGUGCCCUGAUAGGGGGGUUGAGCAGCUGGGCUCUGUGCCCCUCCCCACACUUAUGGCCAGGAAGACCUCAUCAGUGAAGAAAGGCUACUCCAGCUGCAGGGUCCAGAGCCCGGGGAGCAAGAGCAAUGAUACUCUCAGCGGCAUCUCGUCCUUGGAGCCCAGCAAGCGCUCCGGAUCCUCCCACAGCCUGGCUUCGAUGGCAGCCGUGAACUCCUCUAGCCCCGUGGCCGCCUGCUCGGGCCCAUGGGAUGCCCGUGGUGGAGAAGAGUCGGUGACCAGUGAUGGCCAGGCUGAAAGCCUAUACAUGCAAGGCAUGGAGCUGUUCGAGGAGGCACUACAGAAGUGGGAGCAGGCACUGAGUGUGGGGCAGAGGGGUGACGGCUGCAGCACCCCCACCACGGGGGAAGGCCCCCGAAACCCCGACACGGCGUGUGACCUGCUGCCAGAGCCCGAAUCUCAGCGUCGGGAGUUCGCGGAGAAGCUGGAAAUGCUUCUGCACCGGGCCUACCACCUGCAGGAGGAGUUCGGGGCCUCCUUUCCGGCUGACAGCAUGCUGCUGGACCUGGAGCGCACCCUCAUGCUGCCGCUGACUGAAGGCCAGCUGCGCUUUCGGCCCGACGACGACGAUGAGGACAGCCUGAGCUCUGAUGGCUCCUUCUUCUCAGCCACCGAACUCUUCGAAUCCCUGCAAGAUUUUCCGGCCCCACUGUCCAGGCCAGCGGCUGCCUAUGAGGAGGCCCUGCAGCUGGUGAAGGAGGGCCGGGUAUUGUGCCGGACACCCCGGACAGAGCUGCUAGGCUGCUACAGUGACCAGGACUUCCUGGCUAAGCUGCAUUGUGUGCGACAAGCCUUUGAGGGCCUUCUGGAAGACAGGAGGAACCAGCUCUUCUUCGGGGAGGUCGGCCGGCAGAUGGUGGCGGGGCUAAUGACCAAGGCCGAGAAGAGCCCCAAAGGCUUCCUUGAGAGCUACGAGGAGUUGCUGAGCUAUGCCCGGCGCCCUGAGACCUGGGCCACCACGAGGCAGGAGCUGGAGGGCCGUGGGGUGGUGUGCAUGAGCUUCUUUGACAUCGUGCUCGACUUCAUCCUCAUGGACGCCUUCGAGGACCUGGAGAACCCGCCCUCCUCGGUGCUCGCCGUCCUGCGCAACCGUUGGCUCUCCGACAGCUUCAAGGAGACGGCCUUGGCUACUGCUUGCUGGUCGGUGUUAAAAGCCAAGAGGAGGCUAUUGAUGGUGCCCGACGGCUUCAUCUCUCAUUUCUACUCCGUAUCGGAGCACGUGAGCCCCGUGCUGGCCUUCGGCUUCCUUGGCCCUAAGCCGCAGCUUGCGGAAGUCUGCGCUUUCUUCAAGCACCAGGUGGUGCAGUACCUGCGGGACAUGUUUGACCUGGACCUGGUACGCUAUACGUCGGUGGCGGCACUGGCAGAUGACAUCCUGCAGCUGUCACGGCGCCGCAGCGACAUCCUGCUAGGCUUCCUGGGCGCACCGGCCGCCAGCAACGUGGGCGCCAACGGGGCUCUGCCACGGGAUGACGGGACCCCCGGAGAGCUGCUAUAGCAGGGAAGCACCCUCAUUCGGGUGCAUCCCGGAGCAGUGACCUUCCCGCCCCACACCCAGGACCACCCCAGGACCAGAUUGAGUGGCUGAGCCUUGGGACCCUGGGACUGACAGAUAGCUCUGUCCGGUGGGGACCGAGGGAGAGGAUGGGGGUGGACAGGCGGUAUCAGAGGGGGCAGGACAGCAGAACUGGGCUGCCCUGGGCAGGAGACUCCCCCACAUCACCUACCCUCAAGCUCAGCAGAGCUCAGGAGGGACCUGGGGGUGCUAUGUUGGGUUCCUGGACACCCUUUACUGCCAACUCCAGAGAGUCCUAAGAGGCUGUGGGGGCCAGUGUGAGGCUGGGGGUGAUUAGCGGACAGGGUGCCCACUUUGAAAUGCUCAUGUCUGGGCCAGUCCAGACCCCACACCGGGACCCCAUCCUCAACAUUCCCACAUCUACUAGUGCCGGCUCCCCUCGUUCCCAGGAAGCCCUGUGGGGUGCAUGGAUGGAGUCAGCGCCCAGGGACCACCCGCCUCCACUCACACCAUACUCACCCCCAUUGUGUUGGGGUCUGGCCCCACCAGCCCCGCACCCCUAAGCAUUUGCACUGGAGGCUAGUAUUUUAUUUAUCGCCUUAACACUUUAUUUUAAGAUUCUGCCCAGGUCAUCUGGUUUUCUGUGCUGGAGAAGGUGGGGGACCUGGUGCCUUGGCUCCCCCAAAGGCAGAGGGGCCCUGGGGUUGGGCUGAAGAGAGAGAGAGAGGAGGGCUUCUGGGUGCAGCCUGUUUUGCCCCCCAGCACUAACCCAGCUCUUAGGGCGGCCUGGGGUCUUUCCCACCCCCACCCCCACAUUCCGUUCAUUUGCACUUACCCUGCGCUGUGAAUGUCCCGGCCCGUGUGCCGUGGAGUGUCGCGUCCGUGUUCACGCAUCCCACGCCCGCUGGGUUCGCUCUCACCUCGCAGCUCCAAGCUAUUGUGCGGUGAGCAGCGGGUCCAAUAAAUGUUUCCAUGAUUGCA